GACUGUGAGAAACUUCUUCCAGACCCAAACCCACACAUUCAUAUGGAGAUGUGGGACUAUAAAUAGGAGGGAUGAAGCCAGCAGAGAUCAGAUUCUCUCCACAGAGACUCAGACAGCACAGACAUCCAGACAUGGCUCCUACAAUCACUGCAGCCGUCACCAACAACCAGGAGCAUCUGACUCUCAACCACAAGCUCAGAAAGCCUCUGGUGGAGAAGCUUCGCAGAGAGCGAAUCAACAACAGCAUUGAGCAGCUCAAGUCUCUCCUGGCUCCAGAGUUCCUCCAACAGCAGCCAGACUCCAAGCUGGAGAAAGCAGACAUCCUGGAGAUGACCGUUUGUGUCCUCAGACGACUGCAGCAGCAGGAUCAGCGGCACACAAGACUGAUCAACCACUUCAACAAGCUGCAGUCUUCCUCUGACAACAACCUGACAGAGGAUGACUCCUCUCCUCUCAGCUCCACAGUCCACACCAGCAUCACCAAAGAGAAGAGUCCAGUCAACAGUGCCCUCUGGAGGCCGUGGUAG